UGCAAUUUACCUAUAUUUCCAGCGACAAGCAAGCCGUUUCUUAUUCUUCCACCGUUUUCGAAUUUCCCAGGAAACCCUAGCUUUCAUCUGACGGUCAUCGAUCCAAUGUCUACCCUCUGCGACCCGACGUCCUCCUGCAACCCCGAUAAGGAAUCCGGCAUCCGCAUCGCCUGUAACUCUGAAAAUGUCUCUGAAUUUGCCUUGGGUGCUAACGGCGACAGCGGAUCUGCCUGCAGCGAGGACCUCUUCCUUUCCGAAAACAAAGGCUACUACGACUCCGCUUGCAAGCGUUGCCGAGAACUUGAGGCGAUUGAGCCGAUUCCCAUGCCUGGCGACGACAAGUACUUAUUUCCCCGUGAGCAUGAAGAGUUCGCCAAAGAUGAAGGCCUAAAGUUACGUGUUAUCCGCUAUAGGAAGUCGAUGGCGAAGACCAGCGGUUUUGAUGUUGACUGCCCUCCACAGCAUGCUCAAUUCGAUGAAAAUCUACCCCAUGCGCAUCUUAGCUAUAUAACUGGCUUCGACCAUCGUGUGAGGAAGGCUGCUCUGUUCGUGAUUGAUAGAUAUAAUGAAACUAAGGGUAAGAACUUGGCGCUUCUGGAUAUUUCCAAAGUAUGUGCAUAUAUUGGUGGUCGUGUAGUACUCUUUAUAACCUUUGAAGGAUACAAUCCUGAGAAGCCUGAUAAUUAUGUGGAGACUUACCAAGCUGUGGUUUCCUGCGUUCAUCGAAGUAAUGAAAAAGUGGUUAAGAUAUUCAGGAGGAAAUCAGAUGGAAAAGGUUAGACUGUUAACUAGGAUGUGCAUUGUUGCUCACUGAUUGUUCAUCCAUUGAAAACUCAUGCAGUUGAACAUAAGAUAAUCUGCUCGAUCCCGAUAAAUUCUAUGUUGUCUACUUAGAAUAUUGGACAUCCUUGUACUAUGGAGAGAAGAAAGUAACUGGGGUCGAGUGAUCUUGGGAUUGUAGUCACUUCGCUCUGUCUGGAAUCAUAAGACCUAAAUUAGCUGUUAUGUUCAACUCUGGAGCAGAGACAUCAUACCUCUCUCUCUCUCUAUCUAUAUCUAUCUAUCUGCUAUGUUUUCCUAUGUAGUAUGAAUCCUUACGUUUUAACUGAGAAGUGGAGGUCUUAAAGUUUAUGGUGAUGCUGCAUCUUAAGUUGCUGUCACUAGGAAUUUGAAGAUCUUAGUUUUAAAUGCUAUAGUAGUUGAACUGGUUGUGUGGAACAAUUGAGGCAGAGAUGCUGCCCGUAUAUGGCUGUUCAUGGAAUGACGAAGUCGUACUCUCUAUUUUUGUCUUAAACUGGGAACAGGAGGCAAUGGUUGUGCUUGUGCAGUC